AUGCGCCCGUCGCUGCUUCUUUUGACUUUGCAGCUGGCCGUCUGUGUGGCGGCACGGCGCGGAACGGGCAGCAAGGAGCCCAGGCGCUAUGAGAGGGCCAUUUCGAGUUUCUUAGACGCCUCUGAAGGCGUGCUGGAAGAGACGUCCAGCGCUGGCAUGAGCAAAGUCUUCUGCACCUCCAGGCUACCAUACUUCCGCAACCGGCUGUGUAUGGAGGUUAAGACACACACUGACGACUUAGUGAACUUCAUCACAGCGGAGAACAGCUCAGAGGCCAUGGGCGCCCUUCAGAACCCAAUUCGGACCCUUCCAGACCUCACUAUGGAUUUCGCGUGGAUGGGCUGCAGCUGCUGCACUCCCGCCAUGCGUGUGUGUUCUCCGGGGCAACCCUGCAGAAAAGAUCCAGAUUCUCCCCUGAACUUUCCGUGGCUUCGGGUGCUGGCGCUCUCAUUGAAGUCACUGGUGGCAGGGCACUGUACCAGCUUGACCCAGCUCUUGGUGGUGCCAGCAGUGUCGAUGGUUUUGAUGCCGUUGUUGGAGGAGUAUGUCGGUGCCUUGGCGCCCUACUUGGGUAGCGUGGUGGGCUACACCUACUCACGCUUGCUGGACGAGUUGCUUCUGGGUCGCUACUGCAUCUACUUGACCACCCACGUGGCGGGUGAAGUCAUAGCGGGCGAGACGCUGACCCAGGACAUGAGGUGCAUCGAUCACCUGUACAAGAUCCACAUUCCAGGCAUUUUCGGCCUCAUCCCCGCCAAGGAGGUGUCAAACCCUGAGAGCUCCUUGGUGUGUUGGCCCACGGCGGAAGCGUUGAGUCGAGGUGGAGGAUGA